AUAGGUCAUAUCGCUUACAAAUUAUACAAUAUAGUUUUUUUUUUCUUCUUCCUAUUUUCCCAAAUGGAAAUGUUCAAAUGGAGAAAUUUCACCCUUGUAUCCUUUUAUAUUCUCUAUCUCUUCACUUGCUACAAUGUUUCAGCUACUUCCACACAUAUAAUGUCCAACAUAAGGCAAGAUGAUAAUGAAUUUCUUGACAUAUGCAAAAUAGUAUACUGUGGGAAAGGAACAUGCCACCCUCAAUCUGGAUUAUUCAAUUUUACAUGUGAUUGUGAUUCUGGUUGGAAGAAGUUCAAAAUUGAUUCCUUUGAAUUUCCCUCUUGUGAUCUUCCUAAUUGUACUAUUGAUUUGCAGUGUGGCAAUGGAAUACUGCCAACCCCACCAUCCCAACUUCCAAAUCUAUUUGAUCCUUGUUUGUUGAGUUUGUGUGGGGAUGGAAAAUGUGUCAGAAUUGGCUCAACUGACUUUAAGUGUGAAUGCAAUGAAGGCUCUGCCAAUCUUCUUAACGAUCCAAAGAUGUUUUGCUUGAAUAAAUGUGGCAUAGGAGGAAAUUGUAAUGGUCUAGAUCUUGGGUUCCACACAUCAGAUGCUGCUACUCCACCUCCAUCUCCCUCUAGCUCCCCUGGAACUGGGUCAGGUGAAAUGCUGAACAACUCAAAGGAACUUUAUAUGCUGACUAUGUUGAUAUUAGCAAUCAUAUCUCAAAACUGGAUUUGAAAUGGAACAUUGAAGUGCCUUAGACUAUUACAUGGAGCACAUAAUCAAUAUAUCAGAGUUGGAUUUUUAUUGCAGUUAAAUAAAUAAUUUUUAAUAUUGAUUAUCUAUUAUCUAUGUAUUCUUUCACUAAUGAAACUUGACCCUCCAAAGAAAUAUUAUUAUAAUAAUGAUUAAUGAUGCAAAAUGUAAAUUGUUUCAUUCUUGAUGCCAAGUAUUAGUAUACGAGAUACAUAUUUCUAUCAACCACCUUAAUAAGUGGUUCACCAUGGACAAGUACUUAAAAAUCAUUGAGAAUUCUAACAAUGGUUUAUGGUACUUUUUAGAAGUAAUAAUUCAUGAUCCUCCUCAUCUUUAUAGAUAAGAUAGUGACUUGAUUGACGUCGAUUCAAUACGAGAUACAUAUUUCUUUUUGAUAUUUUUAUCAAACCAAUUUCAUGUAAGUCAUUAUCUUAAUCAUGAAAAUAAAGAUAAGCAUUAACGUCUACUUCUAAAAGACGAUGUUUGUG